AUGGAUUUAUACCAGAACAGGCAUCGCCGACGACACUGCCGCCAUGAAGCUGACGAUGAGUACUUUCAGCGACGGGCUGCGGCUCGAGAUCUCCCACCGUGUGGCCAUGCUUCACCUUGUAGAGUUUCACUGUGCCGUGUCAGUCAUGGUCCUCUCAACCCUCUGACCACGCCGUCCAGUCCAGCGUCGAGGUUUGCCGUAUGUGAUCCCUGUUCUUGCAGCACCAGUGCUUUUCCUUCUCAAGCACAGUCUCAACCAGUAGUACCUCUAGCUCCGCCUCUGCCUCCUCGACACCAUCAGCUCCACCCCGGGCACAUGUCAGUUACCCAGCAGCCACAGCCUUUAGCCCUGACCGUACCCUUCCGACAGCUACCACCGCCCUACAUGGCACCACCUCCACCACAGCCACCACCACCAGCUUCUCAGGGCAUGGAUGGCCACCAUCCACAUAACAUCAUCCACCCGACAUUUCUAAACGGCGCAGCUGGAACAUCCGUGGUCCCUCCUCACCCGUACUGCGAUCGGGCUCACACUCAAGGUCAUGACCUGCGGCGUAUGUAUCCUUGGACAGAAAUAAUGCCGUGGCCAAGACCGUCAGCUCAUCGUCCUGUUCCCCAGCCACUAGACAGAUCUCUAAUGUUUGACUUAGAGUAUGUUCCACCGUACCGCCCUAUGGUGACACCCAGGGGCUACAUUUUAGCGCGGAAUCACACGGCUUUUGACAUGUUGCAGUGUAGUGUGAUGGGCGCAACACAGGAGACCAUAGAGCGCAAUACGCUACCCCACAAAUACAAGAAGGUGGAGACCUCAUCAGCUGGCGAUGCAGACAAGGACAGCAAUAAUCACCAGGAGAAAUGCACAAUUUGUCUCAGUGAAUUUGAAACUGGGGAAGAUGUGAGGCGCCUCCCUUGCAUGCACCUGUUUCACAGUGAAUGUGUUGACCAGUGGCUUUCCACCAACAAGAAAUGCCCUAUAUGCCGAGUGGACAUAGAAGCAGGAGCUAAGAGCACUAUGGUUCUAGGGAAUGGCCCUGUCAUGUGA